CGCCGCUGUGCCGCGGCGCCUCCAGAGCGGCUGGCUGCGGGCUGCCCCUGCCCCGCUCCCGGCGCUGCCCGCGGCGGGGCGGGCGGGGACAGCGGCGAGCCGAGCGACCCAGGGAGCGGCCCGCCGCCCCCGGGGAACGCUCUGCUCCGGGGAGCAGCGGGGGGAGGCGGCUGGCACAGACGCCGGAGCUCCGCCGCCCGCCCCCCCGGCACCGCCGCCGUCUGCCCAGCGCUGGCAGCCCCGGGAGAUGGUGACACAUGAAGCGUGCGGGAAGGACCAUGGUUGAGAGGACCAGCAAGUUCUUGCUGAUCGUGGCCGUCUCGGUGUGCUUCAUGCUUAUCCUGUACCAGUACGUGGGGCCGGGGCUGAGCCUGGGUUCCCCCAGCGGCCGCUCCUACUCGGAGGAGCUGGACCUCUUUCCCACGCCGGACCCGCACUACGUGAAGAAGUACUACUUCCCCGUGCGGGAGCUGGAGCGGGAGCUCGCCUUCGACAUGAAGGGCGAGGACGUGAUCGUCUUCCUGCACAUCCAGAAGACCGGCGGCACCACCUUCGGCCGCCACCUGGUGCAAAACGUGCGGCUGGAGGUGCCCUGCGACUGCCGGCCCGGGCAGAAGAAGUGCACCUGCUACCGCCCCAACCGCCGGGAGACCUGGCUCUUCUCCCGCUUCUCCACGGGCUGGAGCUGCGGGCUGCACGCCGACUGGACCGAGCUCACCAACUGCGUGCCCGGAGUGCUGGACCGCCGGGAGAGCGCCGCCGCCAAGACGCCCAGAAAAUUCUACUACAUCACGCUGCUGAGAGACCCCGUAUCUCGUUACCUCAGCGAAUGGCGUCACGUCCAACGAGGAGCCACUUGGAAGACCUCCUUGCACAUGUGUGAUGGCAGGACACCAACUCCUGAAGAGCUGCCCUCGUGCUAUGAAGGCACAGACUGGUCGGGCUGCACGCUGCAGGAGUUCAUGGAUUGCCCGUAUAACCUGGCCAACAACCGCCAGGUGAGGAUGUUGGCUGACUUGAGCUUAGUGGGCUGCUACAACAUGUCCUUCAUCCCGGAGAACAAGCGAGCACAGAUCCUGCUGGAGAGCGCAAAAAAAAACCUCAAAGACAUGGCCUUCUUCGGCCUGACUGAGUUCCAGAGGAAGACUCAGUACCUGUUUGAGAGAACUUUCAACCUGAAAUUCAUCCGGCCCUUUAUGCAGUACAACAGCACCAGGGCAGGAGGGGUGGAGGUGGACAAUGACACCAUCCGGAGGAUCGAAGAGCUCAAUGACUUGGACAUGCAGCUCUAUGACUAUGCAAAGGACCUCUUCCAACAGCGCUACCAGUACAAACGGCAGCUGGAGAGGAUGGAGCAGAGGAUAAAGAAUCGGGAAGAGAGGCUUCUUCACCGGUCCAAUGAAGCACUUCCCAAGGAAGAGACCGAAGAGCAAGGACGUUUGCCCACUGAGGACUACAUGAGCCAUAUUAUAGAGAAGUGGUAGCCUAGGCAGACUUUUAUAUUAAUGAUAUUCUAGGGUUUCCAUAUAAGAGAUCAUGGAAGUAAAAUUACAAAAACAACAAAAAAAAAUAUUUUAUUUAAAGCAAGUCUGUAAAACAGAAGAUAGAUUGCUUCCUUAAGCAUAGGGUCUUUUUACUGUUUCUUACAAGACCGAUGAGAUUCUUAAAAAAAAACAAUAAAUACAUAAAAAUAAAAAAGGGGUCAACAUUCUAAUGCAGAGGUCAAAAAUGCACAAAUGCAGUUACCCACUUGUAAGGCCAAAUACAGAAGAAUGUUUCUUAUCCUCACAAUUCAAACACAAAUGGCAGAAGUAGGAUUUUUUAAAAACCUAUUUAUCCCCUGAGCAUUAACGAUAUAAAGACACAUAAUUUGAAAACAAGGAAACUGAGGUUUCCUUUUGUGUGGGAGGCGGGAUAGGAAUUGCAUUGUUUGUGACUGAUAAUGGUGACGAAGUUGAGGAUGUGCUCUCCUGUCAGGCUGAUCUGAGCACACGGGCAGUCACAGUGUUUCAGCUGGCAGGCUCUGCCAGAGAGUAGAGCACCAUGAAAACAGAGGAAAAAGAAAAAUAGCUAGAGGAUGAGAAACAUUAAAGUAAAUUGACUGUGGCCUGGGAUAUGUACUUAGCACAGUGGUUUUGAUACAUUGCACUGGUAUCACAUUUACAGACGCAACUUCAUCCCAAAAGUAAUAGGGAAUUCAUGCACGGAGCUCCCGCAUUUGUUUCCCAGAUGGGUCCCAAAACAAUGUAAAAGCCAACCAAAUUCCUCAUAGGCUCAAACAUGCACUCACAUACCAUCCUGUCACCCUACACCAGUGCUGCUCAUGCCGUCAUCAGUAUUAUGUGUUAACAGCACAUGAAAACCCCAUCCUACAUACUAAGGAAAAGGAAGAUGAAUUUAAACACUCCCUCAUAAAUCUGCACAACAAGGUUCCAGGAAGACCCUGCAAAUGAUCAGCCAUUAUUGGGAACGUGAUGAGGGCGUGAUUUUGUUUUGUUUGUUGCUAUGUGAAAUACUGACCCAGAAUAAGCAUACAGAUGUACCCUAUCUGUAUUUUUACAGUUAUUUUUACUUGCUUUUAUCAAGAGAUAAUGGGCAUCAGCUUGCUUCCAGUGAAGUCAGUAGAACUGAUUUAAGUGGGAACAGGAUGGAGCUCUCUUCCAGAGCUGUGAAAAUUUCUGACUAUGGGUCUGAAUUAAUUAUGACACGGUGCACAUUGUCUUUUGGCAGGGUGCCUGUUCUGCAGCUCUUACUUUAAAUGAACAAGCUGUGUUCAUAAAACUGGAAAGGAGAAUCAUGGAUAAUGUUUUUUUAGUCUCAGACCACUCUCAAAGCAAAACUCUUUCUCUUUCAAUGCUGUUUUUUAGAGGCUCAUGUAAGUUUAAUCCUCCAGUGUGGGGACAGCCUAACUGGGUUCUGCUUACUGACUUUUGAGUCACAGAACAACAAUGACUUCUCUAAUUCCUCUUCCCACUCACCAAAUUAAAAGUAUGGCUUAUUUUUUUUGCUGUUGCAA